AUGGUAAGCGCCGUUGUAGUCGUGCUGUCCCUGGUUCUCCUUUGCGCACAGUAUUUCCAGGCGAAGUCGACAAAAAAAUAUGACUACAUCAACCUGCUGUCCAGUAACGACUACACGGACAAAAUAAGAACACUGAAGAAAUACAGCAUACAAGAGAAAAAUGCGCCAAUUAAAAAUAAGUAUGUUUUUUCCUGCUAUGGAAGUUCGGGCUAUCAUAAAAGAAAAUUUUUGGAAAAUUUAUUCAACAUAUCGGCUGAAAGAAAUAAUUUGAUAAAUUUGGGAUUUAAACAAAAAAUUGACGUGUGGUUUGGAAAGGACCAAAAUGACAAUUUGAAUGUGGUGUUGGAUGUGGACUUGCUACAGAAUAAAGAAUUUUACGAGGAGAAUGUGACGACCAUAUAUGACUUUAAAAAAUUAAUUAACUUCAUUGUUGAGUCGACCAACAGCGUCAUUGUGCCAUUGGCCAGUGAGGACAUACAUUACAGCCAAGUUCACAACAAGGGGGAGGAGGAAAACUCAACGGAAAAACAAACCCAUUCUGUAAAAGAGAGGGAACAAGAACAAAAAAAAACAAUCACCUUUGUUUUACCAAAAAAGGUGGAAAUAUUUUUAAACCAACUGAAUGAGAAAGGGAGAGAUGAAUUAAAAGAAAGAUAUCCCAAUUUGAAGAACAUUCACUUAAUGAAACAAAACAAAGUCGGCCUUUCCCUUUUGCAAAAAAACAACAUAAAUAAAUACACCUCUUUCGUGAAUAAGUUAACAAAUCUGGUGAAAGAGAUGAGCAAUUUUGAAAAUUUUUGCCCUUUCAACGAGAAAUGUGUGUACAAUAUUUACGUAAUUGAAGAGUCGUACAACAAAACGCUAAACUAUUUUGAUGAAAUAAUUAACGAGUACGAAAAGGAAAUAACUCAGGGAAAGGUCAUUCCAAAGUAUGGUCAGCUUUCUUCCGACUUGAUAAAAAAUUUGCUGCUCUUUUUUCAUAUAUUAACUUUUGAACAAACGGGCACCAAAUUUAAAGACACUAUUUUCGAAAAAUUGCAGCAGAGGUUUUUGGCACUGAUACGUAAACAAAUAGUUAAGCAGAUCGUCCUGAUUGAAAAGGAAAUUAUGAACAAGGGGAAAGAUGCCAUUUUAAAUGAGCAGCAUGCUAAGAGGGACAAAGAUUUACUCGGAAACAAGGAUGACAAAAUUGCAGAAUUAAAAAAAUCGCUAGUUAACACAUUCAAGGAAGAAAUUAACAAGUUAAUUCCAGUAGGAUAUUUUAAUCAGCAAAAUGACAUUUUUAGCAACUCCAUGAUUGCAAAAUUUGAGGAACAGUUUGAGCCCUUUAAAGAAAUUAUUUGAGAAAAGUGGAUAUGGAAAUUUGCAGAGCUACUUUAUUUACGACUUGGGCAUGCUGACUUUCGUCUUUGGGUUACUCAAUGACAGGGACACCCCCGAGGUGCAGCAGCAGGGCGAUAAGGUGCCCUUCUUCAAGUUCCAGCCCAAGGUCAACCUUAAGCUGAAUUUUAGCUAG